AGAGUAUAGUACAAUAAUUCGAUAAAAAUGUCGAUGGCUAGUCACCUACACGGCUACACGCCCUAGAAACGUCAGCUACGCCGGAGUGCUGCGCCGUCGCCGAGCUGGCUUAAAGCUUACUGUUUCCUGCACAGAUCGUCAGCCAAGCCGGUGAGAACCCAAGAUCGUCGACCGUCUACGCGCCAUGGGUCCACGGCUGCGAAUCCUCGGAGUCACCCACGUCCUGCCGGACCGGGACCGAGCCGCCGCCUACUCGCCGCGGCCACUCCCCGACGACGGCCUCGUCGAGCUCUCGUUCAUGGACGCCCAGUUCGUCGACCGGGCGAUGCCGAUGCGGCGCCUCUUCUUCUACGAGGGCCCCGGCGUCCCGCCCUUCCCGCGCCUCGCCCGCGCCCUGCGGUGCUCCCUCGCCGCCGCGCUCGCCGUCUUCCCUCCCCUGUCGGGGAAGCUCGUCCACCGCCCGUCGGCCGGCGACGUCGUCGUGGACUGCUCGCCGGCCGCGGCGUCCUCCCCGGGCGUCAGGUUCGUCGAGGCCGAGUACGACGGCGGCAUCGGCGACAUGCGGCGGGUUGCCGGCGGCAGCGACGAGGGAGACAGGGAGGCGUUGGUGGAGCUCGGGCCCGAGCUCGACGCGAGCGAGCUGCCGGCGCCCGUGCUCGCCGUGCAGGUGACGAGGCCGGCCGUCGGCGGCGACGGGAGCGCGGUGGUUGUCGGGGUGGCCGUCCACCACGCCGUGGCCGACGGCCACUCCGUGUGGCAGUUCAUGAAGGUGUGGGCUGCCCUGUCGCGGAUGGAGGUCUCGCAGCAGUCGGAGACCGUGGCGGACCUCGUCGCACCGCCGUCGUUUGACCGGACGCCGUUGCGGUACCCCGAAGCCGAGGAGCUUGCCGGAAAGAUCCUGAGCCUGAUCGCGCCGGCGCUGCCUGUGAUCAGGUCGCCGUCUUCGUGCCCCCCACCGCCGGACCGCUGGAGGAGAACCUUUCUGAUCCACGCCGACGAGAUCCAGUCGGUGAAGCAGCACAUACGGGCACAUAGCCAGACCACGGGCGAGCAGCCGGGCACGCUCCCAAGCACCUACCUCGCGGUGUCGUCCCUGGUGUGGACGUCCGUCGCGCGCGCCAAGUCCCGGGACCUCGCCGGCGGCGACGCCUACUUCCUGGUGGCCGCGGACUACCGCCGCCGCCUGGGCCCUCCCAUCGACGAGCGCUACUUCGGGGACUGCGUCGUGCCGUGCGUUGCCAGGGCCGCCGCGCGGGACCUGCGAGACGGCGGCGGCGACGGGCUGGCGCGCGCGGCCGCGGCCAUCCGCGACGCCAUCCGCGCGCAGCCGGAGUGCCCGGUGCGCGCCAUGGAGGCCUGGCUCGAGGCCCUGCGCACGGUCCCGAGGGAGAGGUUCACCUUCACGGGGUCGUCGAACCGGUUCAUGGCGUACGAGACGGACUUCGGGUGGGGCGCGCCGUCCCGGGUGGAGCUCGUGUCUCUGUUCGCCACCGAGCUGGUGCUGCUGCUCGGUGCCGAGGGCGGCGGCGUGCAGGUCACCGCGACGCUCUGCCCGGAGCACAUGGAGGCGUUCGCGUCCAACCUCCUGCGGUUUGCAUCAGGAGGGAACGAGGAAUAGUUGAGCUUGAGUCCGGCAAAGCAACACCACCGGUAGCUGCUAUAUCGAAUUCUCAGAACGCAAAAUAAAGAAGAUCGUUUUUAUUCUAA